UGAAAGUAGUGUGCAGCGUUUCCAAGGAAAUAUUUCGUUAGGCUCGUUAGUAUAUUCAGUGGGAUGUGGAAUGUGUUAUAGCGUCAGGAAAAGCUGAAAAAAAAAGUACAUUUAAAUGUAUAAUAUAUCGAACAGACGUUAGUUGUGUAUAAGUUUUAAGACAUUUUAAAAUCAAUACUAAACUGUAAAGAGCUGUAUGAAUUACGAAGAUGUCAUCAUCUGCAGAAAAGACAGCUUCGGAGGCCCCAUCGUCACCAGGGAAUGAAAACGUUGGAGUGACGGCUGAAAGGGCUGAAAUCAGUACUGGUGAAGUGGUUUGUUUAGGUUUCCAACCCAAGGUCAAACUGCCAGCACUCCCAAAGAGAGCAUGUGUCCUGCGACGUGUACACACGUCAUUCGGCCAACUCCGGUUACUGCUUGCGACCUGUAUACGCGACAUUCGGACGUUAAAGGUUUUGUUGGAGGAUGCCGUGCCAGGACAGAAGAGAUCUGCCCCGACUGAUUCUGAUGUGGUGGGCCCAUCCAAAAAGAAGAGAAAGCGAAGUCCAGCACAGUGUCAACCAAAGAAUGCUGUGUGUGCCCUGAAUGAGCUCCGGCCAGGACUGAUAUACAACACAGUGAGCAUGACCGGACCUGUCCAUGCUCCAGUAUUCACAAUUUCUGUUGAGUGCCACCAGUGGGUAUUGGUUUUUGAAGACACGUCAGCAGUGCCUGUGUUUAAAUGUCAUCUGUUCCAUGUUUGUGGGAGAUUGACGAGGAGUGCUGGUACAUCAUCAGUGAACGGUCAGAUGUUUGAAGGGCAGGGUCGCUCUAAGAAGCUGGCCAAACACGCUGCCGCUGAGGCUGCCCUCCGUUCCUUUGUGCAGUUCAAGAAUGCUCCAGAGGCCCAGCAGGCAAUGAAUAUGCACAUUACAGACCUGGAUUUUACAAGUGAUGUAACAGAGAGCGAAGGGUCCCUUUUUAAUACUUUUCAGCCCCCAGGCAACAACAGCAGUACAAGUGCAGGGGAUAUAGAACCCACAGCUGCAUCUGAAGCACCUGCAGUUCAGAAUGGUAAUGGCGUGUCCAUCCACCCCAUGCUUCCUCCAGCUCGUCGCAACAGUUCUCCCAGGUUACCCAUUCAUCCAGGAGAUAAGAGCCCUGUCAUGCUUCUCAAUGAGCUCCGGCCAGGCAUCAAGUUUGAAUGUGUCUCAGAAGAUGGUGAACCAUAUGCCAAGUUUACCAUGUCUGUUAACAUUGAUGGUGAAACAUUUGAAGGAACAGGCCCAAGCAAGAAACUGGGUAAAGCAGCAGCAGCGAAGGCAGCAUUAGCCAAACUGUACAACAUAACAUUUUCACCAUUCACAUCACUGUUUCAGCCAAACAGGAAUUUUGGGUCUCCAGGUGCUCCGCCAGUUUCCUUUGAGCAGAUGGCUCUACCUCAAGUGCUUGCUGAUCAUAUAGCCAGGUUAGUGAUAAGCAAGUUCACAGCUCUGAUCGAGGGACAGCCAAUGCACUCUCGAAGGAAGGUUCUGGCAGGCAUUGUGAUGACAACAGGUCCUCAGAUGGAGGAUGCAAAAGUGAUAUCAGUAGCUACAGGCACCAAAUGUAUCAAUGGAGAACAUAUGAGUGUGCAAGGAGCGUCCUUGAAUGACACUCAUGCCGAGAUCAUUGCCCGUCGUUGUCUAUGUGACUUUAUGUACUCGCAGCUGGAACUGCACAUAAAUCCAGAAACUUCAGAACAGUCCAUUUUUGUACCUCGGCCUGACAGUAAAGGUUACCGGUUAAAGGAGAAUAUCAAAUUCCAUUUGUACAUAAACACUGCACCUUGUGGAGAUGCAAGGAUCUUUUCACCUCACGAAGCAGUGACACAAGAUGAUUCCAUUGACAAGCAUCCAAACAGAAAGGCGCGAGGACAGUUACGGACCAAAAUAGAGUCUGGUGAGGGAACUAUCCCUGUGAAGUCUAGUGAUGGUAUUCAGACCUGGGAUGGCGUUUUGCAGGGCCAGAGGUUGCUGACAAUGUCAUGUUCAGACAAGAUUGCCCGGUGGAAUGUUGUUGGAGUGCAGGGAGCAUUAUUGUCACACUAUGUUGAGCCUAUCUACCUGGAGAGUAUUGUGCUCGGAAGUUUAUUCCAUCCUAGCCACAUGUACAGGGCUGUAUGUGGCAGGAUUGAAACCACAAUCCAAGGACUCCCUCCCCCUUAUCGGCUGAACAAGCCGCUUAUGAGCCUUAUUACAUCUCCAGAAGUGCGGCAGCCUGGCAAGGCACCCAACUACAGUGUCAACUGGACCACAGGGCAAGAGGGUCCUGAGAUAAUUAAUUCAGUAACAGGCAAGGAUGAUCAGGGUGUUGCAUCUAGACUGUCAAAACAAGGUCUCUUCAGACGUUUCCUGAACCUUAUGGGAAGAAUAGGUUCAAUAACUGGAUUGACUUUUAAAUCAUGUCCACGUCAGUAUUCAGAUGCAAAAGAAGCAGUUCAGGACUACAAGAUGGCAAAGGAGCAGCUUGUACUUGCUUUCCACAAAGCUGAACUGGGCACAUGGCUGAAGAAGCCAAUAGAGCAAGACCAGUUUGAGUUAGAUGAUUCUAUGCUGGCUAAUCAUCAGUGACUGGAAGGUGGAUCUGUUGGGGUUUGCCUAACAGAAUAGAGCAGUUGUUCAGUCCUCCGUCCCCCCCUGUCUCAUUUGCUUCCAGGAGCAGACCCCACACUUGGUGCCAGUAAAGGGCAGACUGUGGAGAACUAGGCAUAGCACUUCGUUCACUCUUUCUUCCAACUCAUCUCAAACUAGCAUUAACGGUGUUGUAACUCCCAUUGCAGUAGAGAAACAAAUUUUAGGGAUCAUGUAUAAAUUGUCUUCGUUAGUUGCCUGCAUAACUCUUGCUCAGUGGCUUACUAAAAUUAAUAUAGAUAUGAAUUUUUUCCAUGAUAAAAACCAAGUUACCUUCUAAAUACCAUAAGUAAUGAACAUAGGUAGACGUAUGUUGUUGAUAAAAUGUCAAGUCACUAAUUCAGAAUAAUCAUAGCAAAGGCAGUAGGAAAAUUUAGCACUCAUUUAAUUUUAAGAGCAGACAUUUAUAUAUGAUCCUGGGCUUGAUAUGAUCUCCUGUAGCAUGACAGUGUAUAUACUAUCUGUUUCACCCACAUAACCUUUGCUCAGUUUCAUCUUCUGGUCCUUGCAGUACAGUACAGUCUGGCUGCUGAAAUUAGCAACACUUGCAUGCUAUGUUCCAAAACAAUAGAGCAUUUACCUUAUAUUGUUAUGUUCAUAAGCUUCAAGAGACAUUUCUUCUAUACAUCAAAAGAGCGAACUGCUUCAGAGAGUCUUACUGCUCAUGGGAUGAAUUGUACAGGUUGCUUGCUUAACUUCCCAGCUGACUGUAAAUAUGUCUUGUACUUUGUGUUUGACUUUAAAUAUUGCAUUGUAUCUGCUGCAGUUUGAUUUCUUCUUACGUUUUUCAAACUGAAAUAUCAAGGUAAGAAAUGGUCAAGUAUUAAUUUGUUGUUAUUUGUUACAUGAGAUACUACUGUGUAGUACAAACUGGCACCAUUUUUUUAAUAUGAAAAUAUUCUUAAAAUUGUAACACUCUUCUGGGAAUAUCUUAACAUUUUUCAUGAUAUGAAAGAUGUUGUAUAACAUGUCAGUGAGGUACAUAGAGAAAUGGUUCAAAAUGGUGCCUGUGACAGUUGGUAGUGUUGGUGAUGUUGUUAUUGCUAAUGUUGCUGCUGUGGUUGGGCUCGUGUUUCCCAGACUCUGCCCCUCACUGUGCCAAGUCAGUAUGGGAUGGUGGACUGAAGGCGAGCCCUAUUCUGUUAGCUGUUGGACCCUGAGUCACUGGCUCUCAGUGAUCACUGUUGUUCCCAGAAGCUGUUCAAGAUGUAAUGUAGCAGAAUACCAGUUUAUUAUAUUGUAACUGUUGCACGGGAUGUUUUACGUUUACUGAAAGGGCGUAAUUCAUAGUGUACUGUAACAGUGGAAAAUGAUUUUUAAGGAAUAUGGCUGAAUGUUGUAAACGAGAUGUACUGAAUAAGGUUCCUUCAAUCUUUCUGCCAUUUUUACCAUUUUCUAGCUUUGACUAUAGAUAGUACUUGUUAAGGUUGAAUUCCAGUUCCAAAUGAGGGUUCAUACUUCUUGUCCAUUAGAUUUUACUGUGGUUUAUAACAGCAUGAUUAUGAAAAUAUUUCGGCUGAAGUUACAACUUUAUUUGAAAACGCUUCUCUUCAGUGCUGUUAUUGAUUUCUCUGAAAGAGGUAGCAGUACUUUUCAGAAGCAUGUGUCACAAAAGUGAUCACAAAAUUUUACAACUGUAAAUCACGGAUUCCUUCUGAGCAUGUAAGCACUACCAGACUGAAUAAUCGACGUUAUGUAUUGAAGAUGUUUUGACAUUUUAGCACAUAUUGCAAUUGCCAUCUUCAGGUAUGAGGCACGAUAUGUUGGUCUCAUUUCAGAAUAAGGUUGGGAGGUGAAGAGUGUGAUGCUUUUGGUUGGUGAAGAAUAAAUGUUUGAGGAAGAAUGGAGAAACAAGAUGUUGUUCCGUUUCUGUCCAUCCUUCAUGACUGAAGUUGUGUGGCAGUUUCACUGUUUUAAUGAGGUGGAGAUGACAAGUCUUAAUGUUGGUUAGAACUUCAGUUCUGUCAAAAUCAAUACUAUGCUUGGUUUUGGUGUAUUCAGGUGCCACUUACUGUUGAUCCUGUAGUCUGGUGUCUGAUGUAUUCUGAGACAAGUGGAGAUGUGACACCAAGUUUUGGAUGAGGUAUACCUUGCCACAGGAGUAGGGGAUCUUGACAGUGCUUGAUUUUUGUGCCAAGGUUUGUGUAUCCUUUAUUGAUAUUGUGUGGAUCACAUUUCGUUGAAAGGUUUUGUGUGGAUUCUUUCAGCAUAGCAAUGCAGCCUUUUUUGUUCCCCAUGUGGCGUUACUUUUCCACCUUUCCUUUAUUGCCAUUGUUCUGUCUUGUAUCAAUAGUCCCAGAUACUCUCAUUGUGCCCUUACAGGAGUAACCAUAGUAGCUGUAGUCUUAGAGAAUAGUAGUGAUGUUAUAUUAUGUCCAGGAAACCACUGACUGCAUUGCAAGGACACUUGAGAAUAUUGGAUCCACACGACUCAUAAACUUUUGAACAAAAUUGUGACUCUUCUGAGGUUACUGGACACAGUCUCUUGACACAAAAGUCUUGCACUUACAUCAGCCAUGCACACCAACAACUUUACCUGCCAACGUGGAUGUGAACUGAGCAAUGCUUGGAUUCACCUCUUUCCCCAACUUUUCUUCUUAACAACAGGACCAUGGUUCCAUCAGAUAGCAGCAUCAUACCCAAGCUGCAAAACACCGAGAGCAAGGAUAUCUUAUAAAUCUCAGAAUGGGACAAUCAGAUGUAAUUUCAGAGAGCUGUUAUGCACAUUAUAGGUGAUUUAUGUGCUCAUCCUGAUAGAAAAAUGCUACAAUCUUGAAAAAGAAAUAGGCUUCACAUUCUUAAUAUUUGAAUUUUCCCAAACUAGGAUUCAAGGCACAGUAAAUGUAAUUUUUAAUAAUUAUACUUCUUGUAGACAGGAUGUACAUCCUUGUAAUAGGACAUACUUAAUAUAAAGUAUUGUGACUGAUAAUGAGACCUUGACUUCUACUGGGUAGUAUGACAAGAAGCAUGGUACCAUAAUGGUUAUAUAAUGUAAUGUUUCUGGCUGUAUGGAAUGAAAUAAACUUUCACCCAUUAGUGAUCCCACUUGUUUCUGGUUUCUUUGUAAGUCAUUUUAAUUUUUGCUGUAUACAUUUUCAAUUGCAAGUUACUGUUCAUUGUAUACAUUUGCAACUGCAAGUUAUGGUUUACUGUAUAUAUUUGCAGCUGGAAGUUAUGGUUUACUGUAUACAUUUUCAACUACAAGUUAUGGUUUAUUUCAUAUUCAUUUUAUAAAUGUUAAUUUUUGUUUUUAUUUUCAUACUGUUAGGUGCAAAGAUGUAAUGUUUAAGUGAGUGUUAAAUUUUUAACUUUUCAUGUUAAUGAGAGUUACUGUCUUGGUUCAUUGCAUGAGCCUAGUACUGUAUACAGACCUGAAGCUUUAGGUGUAGCCACCAGCUGAUCUUGAAUAUGGAUUUUUAAGACUUUGGUUGCAUUUUCAUGAAGAUUACCAUUUUAUAGUAAUCUUGCCUGUGUGUCAGACUGAUAAUAUACAUAUAUCUCAAGCAGUAGAACAUUUCUGAUAAUGGUAACAUAUGUACAGUCAUUGUUAUUCCAGGGUGUAGAAUUUGAAGUGCAUUUUAGGUCUCUGGGAGUCUAUAUAAUACUGGAAAUAUAAUCUCUUGUUAUCUCUCAAUUGAUAUAAUAGGCAAUAUGAUUAAUGAGUGAGAGAAUGUGAUCCAUUGUUUAAACUUUCUCUACUUACAAACUUGAAAGCUUCCAUCUUAAAUUCUUCUCUUUGUUAGUGUCUUUUGAGUUUUUUAUUUUUUAGAAGAUUUAACAGGCUUUCAUUGUCCCAGGCACUGUGCUGUAAAAUUGUAACUGCUAUAUCAUGUGGCAUUCUUUUCAUUCAGUCCAUUAAUUAGAAGUAGCUGUGGAAGUUAUUUCCCAGCUGCCAUCAGAAGAGUGCACAUAAUUAAAAUAUUGCAAUUUUAACUUCAAGAAUGCUUCACAACACCAUUAAUACAUUUAGUUAGGUUAAGAAACAUGCAAACUGAAUGAACAUUUGUGCAGAAUGCCCAGCAUAAGACACUGAAAUACUUUGUACUGGGUGCAAAACAUGGGGCAGAAACUUUGUUAACAUUUUGUUUUAAAUGACAGAUAAGGGAUGUUUUGAAUCACACAACUUUACUACUAGAAUAGCAUAGACUUUAGCACCUGCCAUUAGUAUAACUACAUUGCAGUGCUUAAGUCCAAUAAAUCUUGGUCAAAUAUUUAUGGAUCAGUAAGUAUCAGAUAAGAUAAUGUAGUAUUAAAUUGCCUGACUCGUCUUCAGGAAGAGUGAUGGAUGAAACUAUAAGAUUUAAGUGGAUUCUCCACACAGUUCACUUUAGCACAGUAUUUUCAAAUAGACAAAGUUUUAAAGGGUCAGUAUAGUGUUACAGGUAGUUCUAUGAACAUUGUCUCAUCUUUUAACAGUUUCAUGUGGUUCAAAAGUCACAUUGUACAUUGUACGUACGUGAUGUAAUACUCUGAAAAUAUUGUGGCAUUACGAUGAAAGCCAGAAUUGUGAAGCUGGCAGAGACAAUUAUUGCUGGGAAGCGGCUCUGCAAACACACCUGUUCUUAGGCAAUAGCUCAGUCACUGUCAUGUGAUUGCUGCAGUAGACACACACAACAACAGCAGAAGCAGUGUUUUGUAUGAGGUAUGCCCCAGUGGUAUAUCUGGAAAACAGAAACUCAUAGUUAGCAGUAAAGUCUGGAAGUAGGCAGUCCAUUACAGUCCCAGCCUUAGGAUGUCCUGGGCCCUGGGUAGGAGGCCAGCAUAAUAGUAGUCUUGAGGUGGCAGUUAGGGAGGUUGCAGUUUGUGGAUCAUAAGGGCAUGAGAAAUAGCCCUUGUUAGAGGACUGUGACCAGGCAGUGCCUAGUUGAGUUGUGAAAUAGAUGCCAGCAGGCAAGGACAGAUGCAGCAGAACCCUGAAGCUGAGGAGCCAUUAUGAGGCAGUGCAUAGUGAAGACAGAAGACAUAGUGUGUGCUAUAGUGCAUAGUAAAAUGUGGUAACUAGUCAAACUGCUGUAGUUAUGAGUUCCAAACCCCGUGUAGUCACUAAACACAUGACAAUAUGUAAGUAUGUUAACUCAUCCCACUUCAAGUAUGUGACAUCACUUAUUUAAUCCUUUUAAAUACAAUGGCAACCCAUAAUGCACAGCAUACAUGGGUAAUGGUUGAAAUAAACAAUGGAGAAACCAUGGAACAUGUUUGUGCAUAAUUAAUGUCAUGCUGAACAGUCUGGUAUUGAAGCCAGUUUCUGCUGGCAAGUACGUAUGUGAUCAACUUAGGCACAGCCAGUAUUGGGUCAGGAAUUUGUCAUUCUGAAUUUGAUACUUUGUUUUUGUUACAGCAGUGGACUAGUGUAGGAAGUUCAUGUGGUUAGUUUGUUGCAGAAACUGUUUUCAGCAGGAUUCAGGAGAACCACAUACCAAGUGUUGAAGACCAGGACCAAGACUGUCAGUCACAUUGAAUUCACUUCCCUGGUUUUGAUGGCAGAAAAUGUGCAUGCUCUGUAUCUACCAAACCUGCUGGCAGAUGGGGUAUGUGGGAACAUUCAGUUUGGUUCCGUUGGAUUUGUAAAGACCAACAUGAAACUUGAUUUGUUCUUUGUCAGUAGGUAUGAUUCUGUUCAUUAAGAAAAACUGAUCACAGUUGUCAAUUACAUGUUAGUAGCCAGUAUAUGACAACCAAGUAAAACAGGAUAAGUUUUGUGUUUGGAUAAUAUAUUCAACAGGAUAAACUUAGUGCACUUCAUAUAUUUGCACUUAAGUAUAGGGACAUUUAUAUUUAUGUGUUGGUUUGUAAGUGAUUUUUCAAUUAGAGAUCUUGUUUUUCCAGUAGAACUUAAAAUGGUCUAUACUUCAGUUUUUCUUACUUGUCCUUUGUCAGGGGAGAAUAAGUAUAGAAUUUGCAAAAACAGAUGAAAUGGUAUCCUUGUAAGCCAGUAUAAAUUGUGAUGUGUGCCAGGUUGGCCAUAGAACUGUAAGCUCCAUAAAGUCUGGUUAUAAACUCUUCAGUAUCUCA